AUGAAGGUGACACUGGCAUUCGCUAAGUCGCGGCAAACUCCCAUCAAGAAGCUAAGUAUCCCGAAGCUCGAGCUGAAAGGAGCGGUCCUUGGAGUACAGCUAAGUAAAGAGCUGGAAGCAGCCCUGAAGAUACCAUUGACGGAGCACCGUUUCUGGACGGCCAGCCUCAAUGUGUUGUACUGGCUGAGAUCCCACAGCCGACGAUUCCUCACAGACAUCGGUGUAAAAAUCUCGGAGAUUCAACGUGCCACAUCACCUCUGCAAUGGCAACAUGUGCCCGGUAAGAUCAACCCGGCAGACCUACCCACAGGAGGAAUGCUACCAGCACAUGGUGGACAUGACCAGAGUUUCUGUCCAAGCCAUCGACUGAGUGGCCGCAACGCGAUAUCACCGUCCCAAGCAAGCUUCUAG